AUGACAAUUGUAAAGGCAGGAAAUUUCAGCUCCUUAUCAGGGGCAGGGGCAACUACAUACGUUAAGGAUCAAGAAACACUUGUCCAAACAGAAAACGUAGAAAACUCCAAAAACCGAAGGAGCAGUAGGUAUAAAGGGAGAAGAAAAAGUGUACCAAACGGACACGAAUACAAGAAUACACACACAAAACAAUACAGUUCAAUACAAAACGUCGAUCGACGGAACAAACGCGGAAAGGUAAUACAGGAAAAUUACAAAAAUAACCUUGAAAAACGAGGGAAAUGCAGAAGCAAAUACAAUAGUGCUAACGCAAACGGAAGAUGUGACACGAGGACUUAUCAUGAUCACAGAAAUUCAAAACAAAACCAACCACACGGGUCGAAGAUGUACCGUGAUAAAAGUUAUACAAAAACAAAAGAAAAUAGCCGUCAUGAUAUUAGCAUGUAUCGGGGUCAAACUUACAUUAUAACAAACGAAAACAAGAAGAAAAAUUACAAGAAUACUAAUAAAUACGAAAGAGAAAAUUGUACGAUGAGGUAUCAAUAUCGAAACUAUACAAAUAUGAAGAAACAUGAAACAUAUGAAAGAAGGACUUAUCGUAAUAAGGAGAGGAAACAGAGAAGAAGAGGAGCACAGCAAGCUCAACAAGGAAGAAGAAAUAAACAAUGGACUCAGGUGACUUACAACCACCGUGAGCAACAGGAAAAUUCGGUGCCUGAUGCAAAAUUUUUCAGGAAUGUAUGCAAACUAGAUAGGGAUUGA